CCUUCAGAAGAUUUUAUUUAAAUUUAAUUCAAACUAUGCCGAAGCACAAGAAAACUCUAAAUAGUAUCCAAAGUAGGAGAAGGAGAGGGAAAGAUGUGAUCAAGAUUAAUAAAUUAGUCUGCGUUUUCAACUCUAACUUUGGGAAAUGCUCUAAUUUCAACAUCAGUAAUACAAAUGAGCUCAACACAGAAAGGAAUAUGUCCACACACAGGAAGAGAAACAAAGAUCUGUCCACCUUGACGCACUUUUCGAAACAGAAAUCAAUCUCUAAAUCAAAGUCUAAAUCGAAAUCAAGGAAAUAAGAUCGGAUUCGAGACCUCUGUGCCAAGACUGAAAUUGAAGAGUAAAAAUAAAAAGAGUUCGAAGCUAGGCUCUACCACUGCAAGAUCUACCAAACGGACUCUCAGACAGAGUGCUAUAAUCAACAGUAGCAACAGUAAUAGCUUCCGUGAGAAACGGUUGAUUAUCCACAAGCUACGUAAAGCGAUAGACAACCAGACGAUUGAUAUGAAGAGAAGACCGAUUCUCAGCAACAAAGAGUCAUCUGUUAAGAUAAACACAGCAAGAAACAAAUUCUCUGGCCUAAAGUUCAAAGGGAAAGUUAAGAUUAAGCCAAUCAAAGGAAUUAAGUUUACCAGAAAGCCUUCCAAAAGAAGAAAAUAACCGCAAAGCUAAUAAAGAUAAUAAAAAUCAAAUCGAAUUUAAGGUCAACGAGAUGAUGAUUGGCUCAAGUUCACUUCUCGAUGAUAGCACCUUACAACACAAGAAGACAACCUCUAAUAGCACAGUUUGCCUCUCCCGUAUUAGCAACUCAGGACUAAAUAAUAACGGGAAAUUAAACGAGUCCUCCUUCCUCAAAGUGAUGGAUAAACUUGAUGAAGAAGAUGGCAAGGAAAAGGCCUCUCCAGAGAAAGACUCAAAAGAAGUAGUGCUUAAAAUGAACAAGCUAAACUUAAACCUUGUCAAAAACAACUACAAUAACAUUAUUAUGGUUGAAAAACAAGAGGAGGAAUCUUCUCUAUGUAUCCAGAGUAUGAGGAAGAACCUACUAGAGAAUAUCAAGAGAAACAAAGUUCAGAAGCAUGGUUUUUAUGAAGACUCACAAUCUCCACGCGAUAAUGGAAUUUUUACUGAAAGAGUACAGCAAUUUGCAGAUCCACUCCAUACUCUUUCAAGACUUCUGGAUCCAAACCUUCAGGCUAGUAACCCAAUAUCCACUGCUAGAGUGAUGGCCUCGCAUCAAAAGAGCGUUGAGAGGUCUCUUCCAAAGACGAAAUCCUUCUGUAGGCUUCCUCGUAGAUCAAAAUACAAGACCUAA